UCAUUCAAAAAAUCAUGCUUUACAACAAAUUCACAGGAGAAUACAUGAGGCGGAACUUUUGAAUUGUAAAGUACCAAGUAAAUCGGAAAUAUUUAAGCCAAUUCAUACUAUUCAGAAAAAUUUGCUUGUAGUGGACACAGAAUAUCGUUUCAAUGUAAGAAACUAAAGAUGCCUAAUUUUGUAAUAUCAGUUUUUCAUCCAGAUAAUUGUGUGUUUACCAAAAAGAAACAAGUUGUAUUAGUUAAAACCAUACAUUUUAUUGAAGAAACUUACUUAUUUGAAGGUGUACCUUUUCGAUAUUACGAUGAUCUGUACAAAUCCCCGAUUGCAUCUUCAAAAUUACAUAUCUUUCAUGUUCGCAAAAUGUCAACGAAUAACGCCAUUACUUUUAAUAGAAAUGACAUUCUCCAUAAAUGUAUAUUAUUUCCUUUUAAAAAUGGGUUUGCCGCUUUUCCGUUAAACAAUUUGAUUUGUUGACUGAAUCCAUUUUUUUUUUAAAUACUACCAAUUUUAGUUUCAUAAGUCAAGCAUUAGUAAAAACAAAUAUGUUCGCCGUGGUGGAGUUUAUGGGUACAAAUGGGGAUUCCUCUCAUGAAAUCUCAAUUGUGCCAUUGAUAUGGUUGCAAAAAAACGAUACCAAAUGCUACUGGCCCAUUAAAACAAACAACAUAGCAUUUGAAACUUUUGUAAAAAUACAAACUCCGUUUAAAAGGUCGUGGCCUUUGUACAAAAUUUAUGAAGUUCAUUUUAAAACAGCAUCUUACGAAGAAGCUGAACUUCAUUUAAAACUACUUAUUAAUAACUCUGAAGAAAAUUCUACAGAUCAGAGUAACCGCAGCUUGCUAAGUCAGAAACAGCCAAUAGAUAGUUGCCCAUCAAGUAGUGAAGGUUCUGACUCGGAUCUUGAACCUCAGAUUAAGCGAAUUUGUAAUAAUGGACCUGGUACUAAGUGUUCCACCAACACAAAAAGCGACAACGUUUUAACAUUAACAUCAACUGUUGUGCCACCAUCUCAGACAGAACCGUUUGUUGUUACUGUUCCCGGUUCUUCUCGCUCUUUUGCCUCACUUACUACUGCUACAGCAUCCCCAUGUACGUCUUCUUUUUCUUCUACUAAAGCUGAUUCAGAUUUAGAAAAUAAUAUUCUAAAAAUAUUAACCAAAAUGCAGACAGAUAUAGAACAACAAUCGAUUAUAUUAAAUGAGCUAGUUUCAUUUAAUAAAAAUGUUAUGGUCGCAAAAUUAAUAGCUCCUGAAAACUUACCACAAUUUCCACUAAAAAACAUUGAAGAGUUUCAACGGUUUGAAACAUUGCUUCAAAGUGAUACUUCUGUGCGUCAGUAUAUGAUUAGAAGAUUAGCAGCUUUGGGAGGUUCGGAUCCGGAAUCCCUUACUAGACGAAUAAUGCGCUUCUUGAUAGCUAAUCAGCUUGGAGUGCUAUAUAAUUGGAGAGGCAAAGAUAAACUGGCCUUUAAGGAUACAAAACUAAUGGAAAUUAUAUAUGAUGCUGGCAAGAUUAACUUCCAACAGACUGACAAGAAUGACGCCAGAAUCGAAAAAACCGUCAAGGAAUGGUUGAAAUUUUCGAAAAGUAGACUAAACAAGAAAAAAUCAUAAAAAUAUGUUUUCUUUGAUUUACAAAAUGAUUUGUUUUUAUUUUUAACUGUUUUUUAUGUUCGCUUGAUUUAAUGUUCAUUUUUUCUAAUAAAGUGUUAUGAAAUAAAGGUUUUUUUACCGAUUUUUAAAAAUAAAAAAUGCGAAAUACGUAAACUUAACGUAAAAUUUAUAUCGUCGUAAUCACGUAGAAAUUAAUAAUUUUUAUACGUUAUUUUAUUAGUUUAUUUAUAGGUAUUUCAAACGUGAUGUGGUAACAUGUAUGUAACGUUGAUUGUUACGUUAAGUUAACGUUUCUAAGACUGGUUUUACACAACGUUUUUUCGAGCGACAUGUCAACUAUGUUUUUAACGUCGUUCGAUAACUUCAAAUCAACCUAUGGUUACCCUAUGUUUUUAAACGUUUUUUCUACGUG